CUAGAAAGAGGCCCGAGUUCCUGACUAGGAAAUCCCGAGUUAGAUGACCAGUCUAAACGAUUUUUCCCAGUCCAAUAUCGUUUGUUUCCGAGUUCACAGUUGUCAUGAAUGCACAUGAAGUCGGAAUUCAGAGAUCUCCGAGUUCCCAGUUGUUUUUAACGCGGCAUUAGUUGGGCUUUCCCUCACCUCCGACCAGAUUCAUUCCUCCACCUCCCGGUAUCUUCGACACAGCCACAGAUAUGUCCGACUUCUCAGAAGAUCAAAUCAUGGAGUUUAAGGAGGCCUUCCUCCUCUUCGACAGAACCGGGGAUGGGAAGAUCAGCUACAGUCAGUGUGGUGAUGUCAUGAGGGCGUUGGGACAGAACCCUGUCAACGCUGAGGUCCUCAAGGUCCUGGGCAACCCCAAGGCUGAAGAGAUGAACCACAAAAUGCUUGACUUUGAGCAGUUCCUGCCCAUGCUGCAGGCCAUCGCUAAGAAUAAGGACCAGGGCUCCUUUGAGGAUUUCGUUGAGGGACUGCGUGUCUUCGAUAAGGAGGGCAACGGAACUGUAAUGGGGGCAGAGCUACGUCACGUCCUCACCACACUAGGGGAGAAGAUGACAGAGGAGGAGGUAGAGACACUUCUUACGGGACACGAGGACGCUAAUGGCUGUAUCAACUAUGAAGCCUUUGUUCGUCAUAUCAUGUCAGGCUGAGAGCCGCUACAGAACUUGUCCGGAUGGUCAUGAGCGGUUGAAGACCAAGAAGAACAUUCCUUCCUUUUCUUUGUUAGUUUAUUUCACCUUGUUUAUUUCUGUUGACAUAUUCCCCCUUCUCUUUGCCACUAUCUUCCAUCCCUCUCCUCCUGCCUGCUCCCUUUGUUGUCGUAUUAUGUCUUCACGUCUUUUAUUUUCCAAAGUGCCUUUACAUUCCCACGUUAAGACCAUGAUGACCCAAGUUAUGUUAAUGGCCCAGCCUGGCCCUUUGGUCCAUUGAAUUAAGAAUGAGACCAACUUGCAUGUAACUAGAUGCUUGUGUGCUGCUGGAGUGACCUGCAAUAACAUUCCCAGAUACAGCAAUUAAAUCCUACCCUGUCUGGUUCCAGAUCUGUUUGUGCUGUCUUGGGACCAGGGUACUUAAUAAUACCUAUCCUUGGACAAUGAUUAUUGUUGAUGCAAUACAUGGCUUGGCUGUGUCAGUGGGGAGGGACAAUGUUGUGGUGGUGGGUGACCAAUGACCUAUUAUUGGCUAAGACUUAGCCUGGGUCCCAGACUGGUAUGUGCUAUCUUGCCAACUCUGUCAUUGGCAUGACGUUGACAGCAAUGGCGUUGGCAAGACAGCACAAACCGAUCUGAGACCAGGCUAGCGAAGACUUGCUUUGGCUGGGAAUGUCUCCCUUCCUAUUGCUGCCAGAGCUGUGCAGUUAGUUAGCCUAAAUGUAUAUGAAGCUAUAUAAUCAUGCCGAUGUAGAAAUGCAAUGAACAGUUCAGUGGAUUUCUGUUUUAUUCUCCCUUUAUUUGUUGCAGCAUUCAAAUAAAUGAUUUUCUGAAAACGAAAA